AUGUUACAGAAGAAGAAUGGAAACAAGAAAGGAGGAGAUGGAGAGAAGAAGGAAAAGGGUUCGGUUGUUCUGAAAGUGGAUUGUCUUUGUGACGGUUGUGCCGACAAAUAUGACAAAUACAUUCGUGGAUUUGAAGGGGUGGAGACAGUGAGAGCAGAUAGCAGCUCAAACAAAGUGACAGUGGUUGGAGCUGUGGAUCCGGCGGCCAUUAAAGAGAAACUCGAGAAGAAAACCAAGAAGAAAGUUGACCUCAUUUCUCCUCAGCCGAAGAAAGAUGAUAACAAAGAAGAGAAGAAAGAGAAAAAAGCUGACAAAGAGAAAAACCCAGAUUCCAAUAAUAAACAAGAGAAGAAACCCAAGGAGGCGCCUGUAACGACGGCGGAUUUGAAGGUGCAAAUGAAAUGCCAGUGCCAGGGAUGCAUUGAUAAGGUUAACAAGAUUGUCUCUGAAACCAAAGGGGUGCAAGACUCGAAGAUAGACAAGCAGAAGGAGCUGUUGACAGUAAAGGGGACUAUGGAUGUUAAGGCCCUGGCUGAGGCUUUGAAGGGCAAACUCAAGAAGAAUGUUGAGAUUGUGCCGCCUAAGAAAGAGAAAGAUGGCAACAAGGAGGGUGGCGAGAAGGGUGAUGGCGGCGGGAAGAACAAAACCAACAACAACAAAGGUGGCAAUGGUGGUGGAGAUGGUGGUGGUGGUCCCGAGAUAGAAGGGAGCAGAAUGGAGUUUAUUGUUCAACCCGUCGGGUACAUGCCUGGUUACCCUGGAUACAUGGCUGGUUAUCCUGGAUACGGGCAUCCGGGUUACGGGUAUGGAUACGGGCACCUGCACCCUCAACCACCGCAUGGGCAUGGUUAUCCCGGGUACGUGCCGGGCUACCCGGUCUCUGUUCCACCACACCAGAUGUUUAAUGAUGAGAAUCCUAAUGCUUGUACCAUUUUGUGAGGAGGAAUGGGGGGUUCAUGGUAUACUAGGGUCUUUAGUUUAUGGUAAAUGGAAAAGUGUAAAUAAGAAACAGAGAAGAAGAGAGGGGGAAAAAAAUUUUGGGUUUAAACUUGGAGCUCCCACCAAAGUCUGUUUGGGGUUUUUACUUAUAUUUGGAUUCUAGUGUUUUGAUCUUUUGUUUUCUUGUUAAAAAGAAGUUUGAAUGUUUGGCAUUUUUAAUGUGAUUAGUGGUAUUUUGCUAUGUGGUA